GUCGGCACAUUAGAGAAGUUUUCAUGGCAUGGAAGACAACACUUUGGCGUUUGGUUUCUCUCCAGGAGCCCGUUGACAGGAUUCGCAAGAAGUGGCAGAGGUUCGACAUGACUUAUGGAACAGCAAUUGAAAAGGGUAUAUCAUGAUGGCAUUUGUUUUUGCUUUUGGUCUUUUUUCUCUUUUCUUUUUUUCCUCUACCUUGUUCCCCGGUUCAUGGCCUACAUACGGUCCUUCUGGCAGUUGUCGGAAAAUCGGAAGAAGCAGGAUUCAGAGGCCGUCUUUCUCUCUCUCCAGUUUACGAAGCAUCAAAGGCAUGGCGCACGCAUUCAAAAAUACCCCAUGGUUGGGCCUAGGCGGGUUUGCUUUUUCAGGGCUUGGCUUUUGUUUUCAACUCGGUGUCUUCUGGUUUUUUCUUCUUUUUUUUUCUUUUUUUGGUUCUUUCUUGAGCUGCUUUUUUUUGGUCUAACACGUCUACUGGGCGACACUACCUACGUGCUGUUCCUGGUAGACGUAGACCUGGAUACCAAUCUGAGGUGGAAUGGAUAUUUUAAGUCUACAUUCCCCAGUCCUGGAUUUUGUGGCUUUUGUCUUCUGGAGUUUGAGUUCUUUUUUUGCGAUGGUCAUUACACGAGACGAGCAUGAAAUGAAGAGGAAGCGAAAGAGGCGGGACGGGAACUGACAUGAGGGUCGAAGAUGGGGAGGGAAUCAGGCGUUUAAUCAGAUCAUAUCAAGUUCCAUCAUGCUGGCCAAGCAGGCAGGGAAAGAGAGUGUGUGUGUGUUUCAUGAGAGUCGUCGUUGCUCAUCUUUGACUGAUGGUAUGGUGGUUUUGAGCGCGAGCCAUUGAUGGUGACCUUAGCUGUGGAAGGUACCAAUCCAGACGGGACAGACAGAUAGGUAUUGCGCUGCGUUGUCGCAGUUGUACCUACAUAGGAAGGACACUUUGAUCAGCCAAAUGAAGGAGAGAAGAAGCGAGGCAACUAACGCUCUACGAAUAGAGAAACAAAUGCCCGUAUUCCUUAUUAUGAUGCAGAAAG